AAUUGCUGGAUGUUUUUCUACCCACGAAAUUUAAAAUUUAAAAUUGUUUACAAUGAAGAAAACUAAUUCAAUUCAUUAUAUUAGGCCAUUAAAAGGGAAGAAAUUUUAUAUUUAUGCAGAGAGUUUGUUAUUAUUUAUUUAGCUUUCAAGUGGAGGAGUGGCGGAAUCAGUAGCAAAACAAAAAUCUCCUAGCAGCAUUAAGUUUCACUGAUUUUAUAUAUUCGGAACUCAAAUCUGGCCGAGGAUAACUUUGUUUUUCAUCUUUCUGGAGUCGGAAAAUAAAGAAGUAUCUGUCAAAAAUAUUGAUGUAGUUUAAAUCGCCUGUAUCUCAUCUCGACCCAAACUGCGACCAUGUGCUUAUGUCAAAACAGAAAUCUUUAUUUAUUUAUUACUAUUAUUUAAACAUUUAGCCGGCAUUUAGUUGCUAUCGAAAAAAAAAAAAAAAAAAAAAUCAGGCGCUUUGUAACAACCACUUUAAGUAAACAUAUCGCAAUGAUUGACCUGGUUAAUACUUAUCGGUAGUGUUUUAUUUUUUCCUUCUUUCACACUCACCUCGUAUUGUGUUUUAGUUGAUAGUGGAGGCCAAACUGCAUCAGCCUACAUCAGCUGAUAGGGGUCGUUACAACAUAAUAUGGCGGCAUGGUCUGACCCAUCAUUAACAGUUCUCGACAGUCCUCUAUCACAACUCAAUUCCGAUGGAAGAAGGACAUAUACGGGGGAUAGCUCAGUGAUUUCAGAUGUUGAUGGCUGUAGCUAUGAAGAAGAUCUUGUGUCACAUAUCAAUUCCAUCACAGAUUCAAACAAUCAUUUGAUGACAAAAUAUAAGUGGUGCCUUAACUAUCAAGAAGCAGCUGUUUAUCUCCAAGAAGGUGAAAAUAAUGAUAAAUAUGAUACCCAUCCUUCAAAUUACGAUGCCCUACCAGCCUAUCAAGUUGCACACAACUACUGGUUUCAUAUACUUGACCUUUUUGCUUCAAUUCUGCUCCUUUCAUUGGCCCUCUGCGAAAGCCCUGCAGUAACUAACAUGGCAUUGCCUGUUGGGGUUCAUAGCUCUCUUGAGCUCUUUUGUUUAUUAAUUUUAGCACUGAUUCUUGGAAUUCGGUUGAAAUGGUUAAAAUUUAGAACAUUUUUCAAACAUAAACGAACAGUAUUAAAGAUGUUUCUGUUAUUAGUCAUGUUAGUGGAAGCUUUUGUAAUGAUAUGUCGUCAGAAGAACCACUUACGGGUGACCAGAGCUGUGAGGCCAUUCUUUCUUAUGGAUUCCUAUUAUUGCAAAGGCGUUCGAAGAUUUACACGUCAAAUCUUUCAAUCUCUACGGCCAAUUUUUGACAUGCUUCUACUGUUGCUAUUUUUUAUGUUGAUAUUUUCUAUCUUAGGAUUUUAUCUGUUUUCUGACAUAAACAACUAUACUUAUUUCAGUACUAUCCAGGACUCUUUUGUUAGUCUUUUUGUUCUACUAACAACUGCUAACUAUCCUGAUGUUAUGAUGCCUGCUUAUAACGAAUCACGUUUUUAUGUUGCAUUCUUUAUAAUCUACCUCAGUCUUGAAUUAUUUUUCCUCAUGAACUUGCUUCUUGCUGUCGUGUAUGAUAAAUUUUCUUCAUUAGAGAAAGAAAAACUGAGAAAGUUAUUCUUUCACAAAAGACUUGGCUGUCGUUAUGCCUUCCAGUUGCUUGUCAGUAGGCAGCAUCCAGCUACAAUUCAGCUGAAACAUUUUCAAGGAAUGAUGCAGUACUUAAGACCUAAAAUGAGCCGGAAAGAUGUCUACCUAACAUUUAAAAGUAUGAAUGUAUUAUCAACUGGUUCAUUGUCACUCACUGAGUUUUUUACAGUGUAUGGAUGCAGUAAGUUAAAAUGGAAGCCUAAAAAUGUAUCAACUAUUUGGUCAGAAGAUUUCAGAUAUCCUUUUAAUUUGAUUUUUCGAGUUUUGCAUCGUAUAGUUACUCACAAGUGUUUUGAAUACUAUAUAUAUUUGACAAUAGCAUCAAACUUCACCUGGAUUGUUAUUGAAACCGUACAGAUGUCAGUUCAACACAUAAGUGUGAAAAAGUAUGACUUCACAGCUACAGGAGUAACUGUAUUCUUUAUUUAUAUAUAUGUCAUUGAAGCAUGUCUGAAAAUUCUUGGUAAAGGACCAAGAGAAUAUUUUACAACUGGUUGGGAUCUGUUUGACUUUUUUGUUACAUUAGUAAGCAUUAUCGGUCUGCUUGGUGAGAUUGUCAAUCAUAAUUUUUAUUACAUCAUGGUUCUCCGACCAUUCAGACUUCUCAGAUUAUUCAAAAUCAAUCGAAGAUAUCGAGAUGUUCUGGGAACAUUCUUUGUUAUUUUCUCACGUCUUGUCAGUAUUGCAUUAACUAUUAUGAUGUUAUAUUACUUCUUUGGUAUCAUUGGUAUGGAACUUAUUGGUGAUGUUGACCUCACCAAUUGUUGUAAGAACACCAGUGUUGAAGACUUUUACCGGGAAGAUAAUAGCACCAGUAUUCAAGGCUUUUAUUAUUUAAAUAAUUUUCAAAAUAUUCUUUACAGUGGAGUGACACUGUUUGAGCUGACUGUUGUUAAUAACUGGUUUAUAAUCAUGGAAGGUUAUGCUAAUGCUGUCAGUGAAUGGCUGCGACUCUACUUCAUGCUGUUUUAUAUUGUCUCUAUGGUUGUGAUGAAUAUUGUUGUGGCAUUUGUUUUAGAUGCCUUUCUUUUCCGUAUUCAGUACAAGAGAACAAUGAACUGUAAAGACAUUGAAGAUGAAAGCAUUCAGCAAAUUGACAUACCUUUAUCACAGAGGAAUUACAAAUGUACCAAAGUGAUUUAUCAAGGUGAACGGCAUAAAAACCGAGAAGAUUUCAGUCUGCAAAUGUACCAAGAUGAAGUCACGGUUUGGCUUGAAGAAGAAGUGCAAGAACAUAUGCAUGCUAUAAAUUAUAUGAAGAAUCUUCAGCAAAGAAACCGAGACAACUCUGCCAACUUGGAAGAUUUUUCUGUUAAUGACUCAGACACCAGACAUCUAACCCUCACUUUAUAACUGACCAAACAUCUUUUGUAUUGUAUUGUUCUUCACUCUUGUAUUUUUUUUAUCCUCCUCAGUAAUGAAUAACAUCUUUCACCAUUGCAUUACCCCAUAACUGUUGUUUAUUUCAUCAUCAGAAGUAAAAUGUCCAAUGUUUAGAGACAACGUUUAACAACAACAGUGAAUAACUCGUUUUAAGGGUCAAUUGAGAUCCUUUCUUUAUUAAUAUAUUUCUGAAUUUGUCCAAACAGUCCACCAUCUCAAAAUGGCUGUGUAAUUGUAAUAGUGAAACAAAAUCUUAAAACUGUUGCAUUAUAGGCAAAAUAUAGCCUAAUUAAUAUUCAGCAUUAGGAAAGACAUUCAAUAUGGAAAUGUGUGGCUUAGUAGUUAGGGUGUUGUACUCAUGAUUGUAAGAUUGUGGUUUUGAUUCCAGGACUAGGAAGCUUGAGCAAAACAGUUCAUUACAUGUUGCUCUAGUUCACACAGCCGGCAAAAAUGAGUAAUCCUGUGAUGGACCAGUGGGGGAUAUAUAUAUGCUACAGAAUAUGAGAAACCAACCUUGAGCCUAUGGCUUGGGAAGAACCUUUUCACUGGAAUAACAUGUAUAAUUGCAUGUGUAUAAAUAUUACAUAUGCAUAUGUGAUUUAUGUUCUCUCUCAUAUACAUAUAUGUACACACUGACACACAAUAAUGAUUAUGAAAUGAUCACACCCCACUACCUAUGUGAUAUGUCAUAUGGCAAAUAACCUUUGAUGAAUACAUAGUCAUCUAUAGCUCUUCUCUCUUUAAGUCAGUGAAAAAUUGUUUCCUUAUUUCACCACACACUUCUAUGGAGACUCUCCCUUGUGCAAUGUUGAAGGGGAAAAUGUCUGAAUAGUAUUUUGUUUGCACAAAAGAGAAAAACCACACAUGUAUUCUACAAAUUUUCAAUUCUAAUAAACAUCAUACAAUUACAUCUUUAUUUUUUCCAUGCUGGCAUGGAUUAGAUAGAUUUGUAUCAUCAUAUUUCUUCAGUUCUCUAUACUUCUGUUGGUGAUAUUAUGUGUAUUGAAGCCUUCUUCUUUAGUUACCAUCAAACAUUAUCUGUAUGUCAAAGCUACAUCAUACACUGUUUGCUCUAGUGAAUCCAAUGUUUCUAGUUGUGAGCUGCUUUCUACCGUGUGAUCUGAUUAUGGGUUUUAAAUUCUAUAUCCAUUAGAUCAUAUUGAAAUAAUCUUAUUCUAUGAACCAGUAAACUUUGUCUUUCAUUAUUCAUCUUUCAUUUCCACUGCAUACACCAUAUACUUAAUUUUAUUUUCAUGAGCUUUUGACACUGUGGUGUUGCUGACUCAAUAUGCAACAGUGUUUAGAUAAAAGAGGUAUAUCAGACAUUAAACAUGGAGAGCUGUAUUUCUUGGUUUAGUUUACUAUUUACCUUUGUCAAUAUUGUAUUAAUCAGAAAUAAUGUUAAUACUGGCGACCAAUAAUUUAGACUUAAGAAUAUGGUUUGAAAAGACCUUUAAGGAAACCUUUAGCUACAAAUGGAUUCUUUGUUGUCUGCUAGAUCAUAGGAGUUAAGUUUGUUUACCUCAUUUGGUAAAUACAUAGGUAUUGUUUUUGUUUUAUAGUAAUCUUAUUGAUUGAUUAAUCAACUAUUUUGACUAUUAUUUUUAUCAUCAAAUUCAAAUGUCUUCCAUUAAACUAACAUACAUUAUAUACUGGUAUAAGAAUCAGCUUAUGUGUUAAGACUACAAAAUACUACCAUUUUCAAUUGAAUUACUUUACAGAGGUUGAAAGUAUUCUGUAAUGAUUUUUAGAAUAUCAUGCAUAAUUCAAUAUGUGAGUUUGAUCAGCUCAGUUACUGUGAGCAGCAAACACUUUUUCCUUGCCUGUUGCUUCAUAGAAAAAGGGCAAGGGCCUGUGUAUUAGAAUCUUCACUCCUUAUGGCAGCUGAGCUUAUCAGACUCCUUUGUGUAUCAACUGUUGCCAAUGCAGACCAUCACUUUUCUCAAAUUCUGGUUUUAAUGCUAUUAUUCAAUAUGAUCAAGCUGGCUUCAAGAAAACAUUGGUUCCUUUUCAAAGAAAAUAUACUCUGGUCUGAUGAUAAUUUCUGCCUGUUACUGGUUUCUUUGAUGAAUUCAGUUAACCUCUUACUGACUUUCCCUAACCUUUGCUCACUGCUUCUGUCAUAUAUAUAUAUAUAUCAUUGCUACAAUAAUAACAGGCACUGUUGUAUAAUCAGGAAUGCACUCAACAGGCAAACAAAAGGUAUAUGGUUUGAGUCCUGUCAAUGGGCCUGUUCCUCCUAAUAUUUGACAUAAUUUAAAAUGAAAAUCAUUACUCUCAGUUGAUUUAGAUUUAAUGAUAGUUUUUAUUUACAAAACACUUCUCUACACUUGUCUCUUUGGAUCAAACUACUUUCAUAUCUUUUUGUGGAAACUACAAAUCAUGUAACCUAUUUACUCAUUCAAAUCACAAAACUAUAACUCAUAGAAACAUCAUCAUCAUAUGUCUGUUUUCCAUGCAUACAUGGAUAGAAUAAUUGACAGGUAGAAGACUAACCCAGGCUACUGUGUCUGUUUCGGCAGGGUUUUUAUGGCUGGAUGCCCUUCCUAACACCAACUGCUCUGCAGAGUGGACUCAGUGCUUUUUACGUAGCUCUAACACAGAUGAGGUUAAUUUUGGCAGGAUUUCUACAGCUGGAUGCCCUUCCAAAUACCAUUUUACAAUGUGGACUAUAUGCUUUUUAUGUGGCAUCAACACUAGCAGGAUCACCAAGUAACUUGCAAGACAAGGAAUUUUGAGAGGGGCAGGGGCAUUUGAAGGGAACUUGUGUCAGAGGAUGAAAGGUCAGAGUGUGACAGAAACAGAGAGGUAGAAACAGGUAUCUUGCCACAACAGAGGGGGCAUUGGAGGAGGUGAUCUGGUGUCAGAUGAUGAAAGAUUAGAGUGUAAUAGAGAAUUAGAAACAAUAACGUGAAAAUCUGAAAUCCCAAAUUCUUAAUGGGUUUUUAUUUCUUCAGUAGUCAAAUAUUCCCUUUCUUGUGUGCCAUUUUAAAAGAUUUAUCCUUAAAGCAUGAAUACACAAAGAAAACAAUUCUGUAGAUAUGUUUGUUUCCAAAGUGAACUUUCAUUUAGUUCUCAGAUAUCUUGUAAAGUUACCCUCUACCUUUGAUGAGAAAAUGAAUUUAUAUAAUAUAUAUAUUUAUAUGAUGUACAUGUAUUCUGAAUUCUGUGACCAAAGAUAUUUUUAUAUUUAUGUUUAGAAUUUAAAGAGCAAAUACUGUAAAUAAUUCAAUUGCUAAUAAAGAAUUUAUGAAUUUGAAGAUAUUAA